AUCUGGCAACUCUGGUCGGGCGGAGAGGAGCGCGCUCGCGCAGGACAGAUGUUUAUUUCUGGUGAUUAACGGCAGAUCUGUGACGGAAGUUCAGAACAUAGCCCGAGCCUGACCGAGAGCACGCGCUCCUUUCCUCCAGAGUGACCGCAGCGGCGCUGAGGGAAAGUUUCCAGGCGGUAAUCUGUCCUCGAGACUCGGGGACAUCAGCUCGAGCACAGCCUCCUGCACCGCGCCGUUAUUGAUCACUUUAACUCUUUAUUCCCGGUUAUUUUGUUGUUGUUUAUUAAAAGACUCCAGGAUGAACGUGUUCCGUCUGGCCGGUGACGUGUCGCAUCUCCUCGCCAUCAUCAUCCUCUGCAUGAAGAUGUGGAGGUCCAAGUCCUGCGCAGGUAUCUCAGGGAAGUCCCAAGUGCUUUUUGCGUUGGUCUUCACCACCAGAUAUCUGGACCUGUUCACUUCCUUCAUCUCUCUGUACAACACCAUCAUGAAGGUAUCGUUCCUGGUCCUGGCCUACUCCACAGUGUUCCUGGUCUACAUACACUACAGGAACUCCUAUGACAGUGAGAAUGACUCGUUCCGUGUGGAGUUCUUACUGGUUCCUGUUACUGGGCUCUCCUUCCUGGAGAACUACGCCUUCACCCCCCUGGAGAUCCUGUGGACGUUCUCCAUCUACCUGGAGUCGGUGGCCAUCUUACCACAGCUCUUCAUGAUCACCAAGACGGGCGAGGCCGAGUCCAUCACCACACACUACCUGUUCUUUUCAGGACUGUACCGCGCCCUCUACCUGGCUAACUGGGUGUGGCGCUACCAAAUGGAGGGCUUCUACGACCAGAUCGCCGUCGUCUCUGGAGUUGUGCAGUUGUGCAUCCUCGUCUCUGGACUUGUGCAGAACAUCUACUUGUCCCAGAUGAAGAAUACAGUGAGUCUAAAAGUGUGUUUGGAGGAAACACAGACACACUUUUAUUAAAACAAGAAACAAAUAGUUUAAGUUGUUCAGUAAGCGCUAAGUCUUCAAAUGGGGUCUGAAGAUGGUCGGUGAUGUGACAUGGGCUGAAAUGAUUCCUCGAGUAAUUCAAAUACAAAUAAUCUUAGAGGUAAAUAAGCUGCCUCAAAGCUUCAUUCAGUAUAUUUACUGUACCUACACACAGAGCACUGCGUUUCCCCACGGACCAUUAUUACUGACGCACAACCUGCCGCUAAACUCGGGGAGAAAACAGCGAGGGGCAAGAAGAUUCAGGCCAAAGAAAACAGCAGAAAGUUUUUAAUAUUUGGAAUCAUCUCAAACUAAAACACAGAAAGCUCUGUACAGUGUGAUUACUGGGAGACUGAACUGGUGUACCACAACACUACAGGUUCCAUACUUCAACAUCUCACUCACACACAGUCCCCGAGACACUGACCACCGAGUCCACACAAGAUUCACACUUAGCAUAAAUCAAUAUAAUUGCUAGUUGAAAUGAAGGCAGUAUAAAUGUCUGUGGAUUGUGGCUACAUGUAGUGACUAUUUAAGACAGUAUCAGUAUGGUGGCUAGUUAUGAUGUCCCUAAUUUAGCUAAGUUUCAUAAAAGCUUAACCGUCAUUUAUUUUGUUAGCUUCACUCUCUCUCUGUCACACACACACCAGUAUGUAGGGAGACAUUUAAGAGGGUUUAUUCUCCAAAUAUCUCUAAUUUCAUGUUACAGAAAAAUGUGUUAAGAGAUUUGAUGUGUAUGGACUCUUGUUCUUGUUCCAAGUUUCCUUCCUGUCCACUAACUUUUGCCUCUUACAAAAACCACAAAGUCUUCCAGGAAGACAGUAAAGGCUUAUGUCCUGCUUGAGCUGUAGUUAGACUAAAAACUUUUUAUAAAUAGGAAACGACUUAGUUGUUAAUUUUAAGAGACCUGUCUUAUUUUCUCUUACAUAUUUAGUAUUCCUCUUUAAUAAAGAAACAGUACUUCUUAUCUGAUUACUCGAUUCAUCCAUGGAAUACUCGAUUACUAAAAUAAUCCACAGCUGCAGCCCUAGAUGUGACUCUAGAGGAAGUUCCCUCCACCAGCUCAGUGCCAGAACAGAGAAGAGUCUAGAUGUUUCUCUACCCUGUUUGAUGAUCUUAAACCCGUCCUAAACCCAGCACCAGGAUGAAGUUGAUACCAGCAGACAUUGUGGUGUGACAUCAGAGAAAACCAUCAGAGAUAUUGAAACUGUAAUAAAUGGCAAAGACUGGAUUUAGAUUGAGAUGAGGAUGUGCUUUAGAGAGAGAGUGUGUGUGUGUGUGUGUGUGUGUGUGUGUGUGUGAACUACUGAUUACUCUAUUAGACUUAAUAACCUGAUUUAUUGGUGUUUUUGUGUAGCAGGGUGGUGGUAGCUCACAUGGUUAAGGUUCUGGGUCACUGACCGGAAGCUCGGGGUUCAAGCCCCAGUACUGCCAAGCUGUCACCAUGGGCCCCUGAGCAAGGCCCCUAAACCCACUGUGCUCCAGACGCACUGCAUCAUGACUGACCCUAACCUCUAAGGAUGGGAUAUGUGAUGAGAAUUUCACUGUGCUGUAAUGUAUAUGUGACAAAUAAAGGCUACUGAACUUAUGCUAACCACUAUAAACACACUACACUCCUGUGUGAAU